AUGAGUGAUGGUGUCGAUGAUGAACGCACGUCUGCAGCCAGCGCCUUACCUUCCAUUUUGAUUCCAGGCUUGUUCGAACCAGACAACAAACAGCCAGACUCGGGCAUUGUGGACAUAGGUCGGAAGUCACUCCAAGUGGACAUCGAUGCGACACCACGACCCAAAGAAGUGACACUCGAAGUCGCAAGUGAGUUGUCAGACGGUAAUGAUGUGGAAGCCGCCAGCGAAUCAGAUGCCACGCCACCCCUCUACGCAUCAAGCGAGUCUUCUGAUGAGAUGGAGCCUGCGAUCACAAGACAUGAUCCUUUUCUUGACGAUGACAUUAGCCACGACGCACUGGUGCGUGCACGCUGGGAGUUUCGGAACAAGGAUCUUGUCUGGCUCGUCGAGAAACUAGUUAUCUCCGGCGUCGCAAUUUGGCGCACGGCAAAAGGUGGUCGCGAUGCCAAGCUUGUUUGUGGGGUUGGUGGCGGACCACUGGCGUGGUGCGCCGGGUUGCGGACCACCUUCACUCUUGCUUCCGAAAAAAAAAAGGACGGGUCGCCUCUCUCUGCACCCUUCGAACAGCUUGUCGUCGGUCCCCUCUCCAUACCACCCGUGGCUCCACGAUUUGGGGUUGGGGAGCCUGGUUUCGCACUUCAGCGGGUCGGGACCAUGGGCAAAUUGAAUUUUGUGCAUGAACGUCGUGCAGAACGCCACUACAUUGUGCUCGAGCUCACGACGGAGCGCGCUGUCAGCUACGAGGGCGACGGCUCCUGGGAGGUGAUUGGCUCAUGCGAUGCGUAUGCCUGGUGCCUCAAGUCGCCACCGUUGACCUCUGCGAUGGCCGAGCACCCACAUGGAUCAACGUGCCGAAUUGGCGAAUUUAAAGGCUUCGCAGAUCUCGAUCGAACGAAAGCGCCUGGAUUUGUGCAUGAUAACAUAUGGUUCCUCCUGAAUGUUGACCCUGCUGUGGAGGCACUUCGCUUGUAUAUUGGUGGUGAGGGGCGUGGGAAUGGCAACUCUGCCUUUAGGGUCCUGAUGCAGCAGGCCUACGUUGCUUCGAAUGUUGACGAAUUUCGUCGCCCUAUUAAGCUGCGUGAACGUUUGAUUGAGACUGAGGGACCGGUAAGUCAAAUCUGUGUCAUUAUGAGUGUGGUCUUGACCCACGAUAGCCAUUACGGUAGGUUCUGGGAUCGACCCCGCACGACGCUUGAGCAAAAACACUUGAACAAAAAACUCGCCAAAAAGGCCAAGAAGGAUGCGGCAAAGCGACGGCUAGAAAAGUACAAAAAACGCCUCGAGGCACAAAAGCCCCCAACGGCCAGUAGCUGGCUUAUCGCCAAGCGCACUUUGAUUGUGCUUAAUCACACUCGCGUUCUAAGGGCGAUAUUCGCCGCUUUAUCAUGGUCCGCCCCUCCGACCCCUGGGUUAGAAAUGUUCCGCCGACCAUCUGGCUCCCUAAGAUUCUGGGAUGGCUUAUUCUCCAGCCUAGCGCUCCUCCUCGCAGGCGGAGCAGACACGGCUCGUAGCUGCAGGUUCUGUCCCAGUAGCGUAGCUGCAGAUUGCCCACCAGUUUUAGAGGGAGGACCGAACCGGAAACAUAUUGUAAGCAUAGCUGUGAAUUCCCGGGGGGGGGGCAAAGAACGACUGUGGCCCGCCGCAGCCAUGAGUUUCUCGUUUGACAAAGAAUGCAGUGUAAGGAAGGACAUCGCUAUUUUGCUCGAUGAAAAAGCAGCGCUUCGAACGCGUAUCUUCGAAUACUCACCCCAUCUUGCGCCACAGAGAAGUGGUACUUCCGACGAAGAUAAUAGCAAAUUUGUAUUUGGUGCUAAUCGUAUCGAGCGGCGACGUAAACGGUCCAGGCAAUCGAUGAUCUCCGACCACAAGGUGCAUAAAAGGAUGCGAGGUCUAAUCGCUUUGCAGCACAAUCCGAAAUUUUGUGCAAGUUCAGUAGAUACCGACCACCUAAAUGCAAACGAUACUAAUCUCUCUCACUGCGUCCCAAAGCAAAAUGCGGGGAACGCAGAAACCUCUACCCAACAUUCUCUGGCUCAAAAUUCUCAUAAAGGCACGACUCAGUCCCGCCACCUUGAAGAUCGUCGAAUUCGUGAACGUGAGCGUGAGCUUGAUCGUCUUGGUCGCCUCUUGAGGCGCGCAGCGGAGCUGGAUGUCAGUCGAUGCUGUAAUGAUCUUCGAACGCUACUUCUAGCCCGAAGCCACUCAGAAGAAGUGGGUUUGCAUAUCCCAACCCCACCAACAUCGCAAGGGCAAAUACUCUUUGCUUCCCCAAUGCUUUUGAAUUCAUAUAAAACCAAGGAUACUAACUCGCAGGGUUCUGUGGGAGGGGCAGUAGAAUUUCCUCCUUGUACCUCGCUUGUACCUCUCAUCAGAAGGCGAACGUCUUCUAGCUUGCAAUCUUUAAGGAAGAUGAAUGAUAUAAUGGAGAUUUCCGAUUUUUUACAAACUUUCAAUGCUUCUCUCAAAAUAGAUCAAGUGCCGAGUGCAGUCGAGCUUCUGGGUGCUUUAAUCGCGAUCGAAACAAAUUCACGGGAUCAAAAGGAUGCGGCAAAUAGGUCAUUAAGCACAGUUGCAAUGGCGCUGGUGGAAGUUUUGUUACCAGAUUUGAUUGCAUGUCUAAGUUCAAGUCGCCUGACCAACAGUACGCAUCAUGCUUCUCGAUCUUGGAUUGACGUAAACCAUAUGACUUGGCGGUCACUCGCACGCUUCUUGGUUCUGAUUGCAGCUUUCCGUGAGAUGGGAUUCGCCGAUUCUGACUUGCUUUCCGAAUUAUGUGGUGCUGGUGGUUGGUCCUCCCAUCCAAACUCUGAAUCACCUGACUACUACACCAUGGCCUUGAUCAAGGCACGGAUCUCUCUCGUGAAAAGCAAACAUCCCGUGUUCGAGGAAAGCUCUGAAUAUCUUGGUCGAAGCGAGGCUACCAUUCGUCGAGUCUCACUGCUUGACAUCAAAGGUGCAGUUAGUGCCGGUAGAUAUGCGGGUUCGCUCCACACUUUUGUUUCUGAUGUCAGGCAAAUGUUUCUAAAUUGCCACCAUUACUUGCAGGAAGGCUGUGAUAGCAUGCAAGCUGUGACCAAACUGGGUGCGGUUUUUGAAAGCGCUUUGAUCCGCGGUCCCGGGCCAGUUGAUGGAAUCGUGAACAGAGAUGUUACAUUUGAGGGUGUCCGCCACACGGUCGAGAGUCUUCUCGUCCCUGGACGCAAUACGCUUCUAGCAACGCCUCAUGUGGUCAUUCAGAGCCAGCUUGGCGAAUUGCAUCAACUUGUAUUUGAUGAGUUUGCUAUUAGAGCUGAGAUGCCACGUCCAUCCCCAUCUCCGGUGGGUCACAUUGAAAAUGGUGGCUGGGCGUUACCAGGAGGCAAGAUACCAUACAAGCUAGACCCAGCUUUUUCUGAGCAUGCAGCCAACGCCGUAGGCGAAGCUAACGACUUGAGUGUAUUUAUACGUGCGAUUGGGGCCCUUUCCAAUGACGACCAUUUGAAUCAAAAUGAUUGGGUAGAUGUAUUAGGCGCCUUGGUUGUGUGCGCAUCGUCCGCCGUGGAGACGAGUUUGUGCCUUUCUGAUCAUUUAGCUGAUAAGAAGGUCGAUACAUUGGAUGGGCUCAGGCCUGAUCCGGACAGCGACAAAUCAUGUCUCGUUGAUUCAUUUCCCGAAGUUUGUCCAUCGAUCGAGAUUCCCAUAGCUGGUAGUCAAAGAAAAAAGCGCGAAUUGCUCUUGGUGGCUGGAGUGGUCCAAGAUGCGGUAGCAUUUGUUAAACUGGGUUUCACAAACAUGGAAGGAACGAACGGACAACUUCAGCUCAACGCUCACCGUGGAAUUAUGCAGGAUUUGAUAUGUGUCGGUGGUUCGUGUUCAUCAAGUAAUUCUCUUGUGAACCCUGCCACACAAAAUGGAACAUGCGUGUGGUGUGGUGGCGAUUAUGAUUACUUGCGCAGUUCAUUCUUGCCAGCACGACAUGAAGUGAGAACAGUACCUAUUUUUGGUGCGACUUCUCGCCAUAAUUGCUUACCUGGUUCUCGGAGCUGGCCUGGCGCUCGAACACUGGCUGGAUUGGCUCUCUCCCAUGAGUUCUGCUCCAACUGUUUGACUGGGCAGCGUGCAGGGACAUUGAGUCGAAAACGACAGCGAAUGCUAAUGACAUACAAAGAAAAACAAAUGUUUGCAGGCAGGGGACGCACACAACCUCUAGGCACAGAUAAAUAUGGGCGAGUCUACUGGUAUUUCACACAGCACCCAAAUUUGAUAAGUGUUCGGUGGGCUCCUGUAUCCCUAGAAGAACUUAAGCCGAAGUUGUUCAACAAAUUUACAUGGGUGUGCUUUUGCACAAUUUCUUCGAUUGCGCAGCUGAUUUCAUAUCUAGUAAAGCUUUGUGAUGCUCAAUACGACUUGCUCCUUGACGCAAUCAUGCUAGCUUUCCCCGAGGCAUCAGAACUCGUGGCUCUUAGUUCCGACUAUCUAUACUCAGAUUGUACAUACAACCGACAUGUAUGGUCCAAAUUUGAAACCAUAGCUGUGGUAACUGAAUUACAUGAUUCAGCCAGAUCCCAGCAGCCUCAGUUUCAGAUGAAUGAGUGCGUGCUGGUCCGCGUGGGUCAAUUGGUCUGGAGUGCUACUGUACAAAGUAGUUUGUUUGAAGAUGAUCUGGUUCCUUGCCUCGCUCGCAAGUCCGGAUUUUCACUAAAUCAAUUGAAUCUAAUCGCCUCCGAUUUCACUGGUUCCUCGUGGGUGGCAUCCUGUCAAACUUCGAGUUUUGAUGGUGAAGACUGCAAAACGGGAGACCAAAAGCGUUUGAUUCGUGCAGCUCUGUUGACUAUUUUUGCAGCUCUGCCUGCAGGUUCACUGACUCCAAAACGUAGUGCUCUGCUCCAGAUGCGGGCUCUCUCUAUCAGAUGCGCUAGCAGUGCAGUUGAACUGACCGAGUUGGUCCUCGGACUCGAGGACUCAUUGAAUAAAUCAUACCUAAGAUCUUCUUGGAGUACCAUCCGCGCUUGCUUACCUACGCGAACCUAUUUUCUCAAGCACGCCUCUCUUACUCAGGUGGCACUCCUUCUAUCAGUGUUGGAUCGUGGCAUUAUCUACGAUCAAUCCCAAUUACAAGCCUUCUCCCUGGGUGAAAAGACCGGAUUGGAUAAACAAUCGGGAAACCAUCUAGAUGGUUAUACCAGUAGUGAUACUAUCGUAUGUUGCCGUUCAAAAGAUCGCUCGUCAUCGACCCCGCCGCGUCCAACGCAGCAGGUUCCUUGGGGGAGCCCGAAAUCGUUGAGUCCACCGUGCCGAGCUCUGGAUGUCCUGCACUGUCCUCGCCACUGGAGAUGGUCUCGAUCCGUUGCAUACCACCAUGGGGUCAGGUCCGGAUCUGGGGCUGCCUCUCUGGGAACUCGAGCCGACCGAGGUCGGGUAUGAUGGUUUCCGCAUGGUCGCUGUAAAUGGGCUGGAUCCGUGUCGUGGCCGCUUGUCGUGG